AGAGGGAUAGGAAUUAACAUGAAAAGAAAAAGCACCCAUUAUAAUACUUGUGCAAGUGCGCUUUCCUAUAUUGUAAAUUAUUGUUUAAGACAGUACAUGCCCCAAAAAAGACAUGGGUUGUCCCUCUUGCACUCCUGGAAUAUCAGAAUUGCUUUCAACUACGUAGUUAUAUAAAUCCCAUCUAUUCAAUGGUGGACAUGCAGUUGUUUGUUGUUUGCUGUUAGAGAUCUGAUUGUUUUGACUGUUGCUGUUGUGUAAGAGAUCUUACUGUUUUUAGCUCAAGGAAGUAGUAGACUUCAAUGGCUGAUUCAAACAAGAAGCCCCCUUCAAUGUACAAAGAAGUAGUGGAAAGGUUUAGGAAUCCAAGAAGGAAGAGAGACAGGAUCAUCUCAUGCUUGUGUGCAACCUUUUUUGGUCUACUUGUCUUUGCUGCCAUUUUCAUCCUUAUAACAUGGCUUGUUCUGCAGCCCCACAGGCCUAGAUAUUAUGUGGACUAUGGCUCAGUAUCUCUGCUCAAUGUUGAAGGCAAAAUACUGAAUACAAAAAUGACUUUCAAUGUCACAAGCCGCAACCCCAACAAGAGAAUUGGGAUAUAUUAUGAUAAAAUGGAAGGGUAUGUCUAUUAUGGUGAUCAGAGGAUUGCAGGGGCUUAUAUUGCUCCCUUUUAUCAAGGCCACAAGACUACUACCAUUAUAAAGCCUAUUCUGACUGGGCAUUAUGUGCUCUUGAAGGAUGAUCUUUCUAAGGAUCUGGUAAUGGAGCAUACUUCUGGGGCUGUGGAUUUGAGGCUCAAGCUGUAUGCUAAGCUUAGGUUCAAGGUGGGGAGCUGGAAGUCAAGGCACUAUCAUAUGAGAGUUAAGUGUGAUGUGUGGAUGAAGGUCAGUGAUAAUAAUGGGGGUACAUUCUCUCCUAAAAGGUGCAAUGUCUAUUUUUGAUCAAUUUCCUAUUGUUUAUGUGAGUAUUGUUUAGUUUUGGAGGAAACCCCAAGCCUUAUAUGUGUGGAGUGAUAAGUAGAGAGUAUAUUCAGGUUUGUAAUCCAAUAUCAAAGUAGUGGGGGAAAACGAAUAUGGUGGAGUUUUGUAGUUGGAGAGUGAUUUGGAAUGUUUUGUCAUUCUGACGGAACUUCAUAUCCUUAUAAGGUGUGAUUUAUUAAUAUUGUAUAUGUUAUUUUAUUUUUUGUGCUUUUAUGCACAUUGAAAUAAUUUCAAUAAUAUAUAAUUUUUUAUUUAAAA